AUGGUUGACUAUCUGGGGACAAAUACCACCGGGACAGAUAUGAAACAUGGGCGGAAAUCCCAAUUUCAACAUCGUUUUAAGCCGACAUUUUCAAGUCAUCGGGGAGCAUACCGAAUGAGGGGUCAAUGUACGAGACGGUCAAGGCAAGAGCCUAAAAUCAAUGAUGGUUCCACCCCAAUCCAGUACAAUCCAGUAAAAUGCGCAAGCCCCCAAAGGUGCGGCUUGUCGGCGAAAUGCUAG